AUGUCCAAAAUAAGGGACAUUGCUAAAAAGCAUCUAAUUUUGUCAUUUUACUGUUAUCCUCCUUCUAGAAUGAUCAUCUCGAUCAUGGUCUUCCAUUUCUCCACUAGUACAGUCGAUACCCUACUUGAUUGUAUGGCUUCCUCACAACUUAACAGUAUCUACCAAAUGAAGAAUUCUCUGCAGAUUUCUCCAUUUCAAGAAACAAUCACUUUAUUUCUUGUCAGAAAUUCGCAAUUGUGUAUGCAAGAAGUAUUUCGUUUGUUGAUUGUAAUAAAUUGACUAUGAAUCCAACUUCUCUUAAAAAUAUCAUCCACCUGGUGAAAUACAAAUAGACACAAUGAAUCCGAAGGCUAAACUUCUAGGACAAAGCUUCGCGGAUAAGCAUGCAAGCUCUUCCCUUUCGGAUAAGCAUGGCACUACAAAAGAAAAGAAAUCUAGACGAGGAUGGUUGACUGAACCGACCCCACACCAGUAUCCUAAUGGAGCAGAAGCGUGUCUCGUGUACAAGUGCCGGAACACACUAUCAUCUUCUACAUUCGAAAUUAAAUAAGUACCUAUUAUCAAAAUAGAACAAAUGAAGGCUGAAGAGGACGUUGAAAAGGAAGCACUUGAACUUGAUGAACCGGAAUUCGCAAGAUUAUUACUAGACGAUGGAAAAAUGAUUUAGAUUUUUAGAUUUUGAACUAUUCAUCACUCGAAGAGUCAUCUUUCUCCUGUCUCUUCUGCAGUGAUGUGGUCUUCUCUCUUGGACACCCCGGAAGCGAGUGCAGAUUGCCGGUAUUUAUUCUAGCAUGAAAACGGAGGAGUUUAAUGAAUAUGAUUCAUAGCGUAACUUCAUUGUAUCUAUUUGUACAAGAUUUUUCACAACGACGUAACCACUCUGUCAUCUUCGAGCAGGCAGGGGAUGUACUAGCAAUGCAGAGGCGGGAGGUGCUUUGGCUUGCAGAGACUAUGCACAGACAUGAUAAGGAAAUCUUGGUAAUUGUAAUUUAGUUUAAAUUUUGAAGUUGAAGUGCCGCAAGAGCAGCCUGCAGCUUUUG